AUGGCUCCGGGCACCCGCCCCUCCACCGGCGCCCCCAGGCGGGGGCACGGCGGCGGCCCCGCAGGGCCGCGGGAGGUCCCCGGGGAGCGGCGCCCGCCAGCGCUGGUGCCCAACCCCCUGCACGCCAAGACGCGGCUGUGCAGCUUCUUCGCGGCCGGCGCCUGCCUGAGGGGCGCGGGCUGCAGGUUCGCCCACGGCAGCACCGAGCUCAAGGCGCUCCCAGACUUCACGAGGACGCAGCUCUGCCCCGCCGUGCGUGCCCACGGCGCCUGCCGGGCCCCCGCCUGCGCCUUCGCCCACUCCCGGGCCGAGCUCCGCCCGCGCCUGGACGACCGGGCGCCGCCCGCGGCCUGCGGCCUCGGCGGGCGCGCCCCGAGCCCCCGGCGAGUGGACGGGCGCGUGGCGCGCUGGCGCGCGGAGGCCCCGUCCGCGGGGCCCGCCGGGGCGCCGAGGAUGCGCGGCCGGGCCGGCGGCGGCCUGGCGAGCCUGGGCGCCGGGGCGCUGCGCCUCGGGGGCGGCAAGUGCAGCCGCGGCGGGUCCCCGAGCAGCACCCGGGCGAGCGGGCCGAGCUCGGAGGGGUCGCUGCGCUCUCGCCAGGUCUCGGCCGCGUCCGACGGCCAGCUGCCGGAGUGCACGGGGCCGGGCGUGGAGAGCCAGGGGGGGGGCAGCGGCCGCGUGUUGUGGAGGCUCGAGGUGAAGAACACGUUCCUCACGGUGGUCCACCACAUUCCCGCGGAGGCGGGCCCGAGCCGUAGCUUGUCCUGUCCGGCGGCGCUGCGCCAUCGCUGA